AUGGCAGACGAUACCCGCACACUGGACGAGCUUCUGGCUUUGUUAGGACCUGUCGGCCGGCGACUCGUUGACAGGCCGGACUUUGUCAACGAAGAAGAGCGUCGCGCUCUCGCACUCGACCUCGUCCGCGAAAGGGAGGAGGGCAGACGCCUGUACUGGCGCGAGGAGAUCGCCUCGUCCGUCGACUGCUUCGGCUGCACCCCCGACUCGUCCCUUCGCGAGUUCCUGAAUGCGCUCGAGAUGACCGGCCACCCUCGCAUCGAUGGAGGAGUAUACCUCGAACCUCCUAAGGCUGUCAUCGGCGCAGGCCACACACGCUUCGAGGAGGACAAGGACCGCACGAUUCCGACCGUCCUCGCGCCAACCAAGCCCUUCUCUGCCUACAUCGCUUCUCCCAGCAGCACUGGCAGUCGCACUCCGCAGCUUGCGAGCGUCGAACCAAAUCUCCUGAGCUGGUUCGAAGCUGACUUUGCAGACUCGCUCAACGCGCUCUUCACCCGAGUCGGCCGUCAAGACGUCCUUGACCGAAGCCUGUUCGAUCUGAUCGCAUAUUUGCCUGACGCUAUACGCCCGAAGGCGCUCACUGCACUCUUCUUGUCGUGCUACGGCCUGUCAUCGCACCGAUCGUGGCAUUCGAACCGCUUGUUCGACGAGUACGAUCAUGCGACGCCAAAGCUCAUGCAGCUCAUCGCCUUUCUCCUCGACAUACCUCUCACGGACCCGGAUACCCUUUCUUCUUCUGUGCCCGAUCCGCCAACCUCGCCCGCAGAACAACUUGCGCAAUCCGUCUUCGGCCGCAGUUGGUCGUGCGGAGGCCAAGUCUCCCUGACGAUUGUCACGUUGCUCGAAUUCAGCGAGCUCAAGGCAAAUCAGCUGCUCGACUUCGUGCGGCAAGUGUCUGGGCGCGGCGGGUCUUCCACGGGCGACACCGUUCUCUUCGACUUCACCGAAGACAACGUCGCGGUCGGCUGGACGGAGGAGGACGACGUCGUCUAUGCGAACGGGAGUCAGGCAUUGCUCGCUAUGUCUCAGCGUCCGAUCGAGACCGACCGCGCUCGCGACCGCUACUCGACCAUGAUCUUUAGCCGCACGAGCGUCGUCGUCGCGGUCUAUCUCCCACUUUUCACUCCGCCUUAUCGAGCGCCAGCUCCCGGCGAGACCGUCGCUGAGUGGGCGCAGUCAUCGCUCCCCAUCUUCUCGCCAGUCCUGCCGAACCUCGCCCCGAAGCUGUACCGCGCCUUCCUCACGCCGAUCCUCGAAGAACCGUUCCCGCAAGAUCCGCCAGCUUACGUGCGCAGCAUGUCCGCCCGCGUACUCGCCUCGGACAAGUAUCGCCCGACGCUUGACAAGCUUGCGGAGAAGGGCUUGUUCCUCUUUGGCGACCCGAGGCUGCAUGAGGCGACGUCGGGUGACGAUGCGUCGGUGAUGGGAGACGCUGUCGAGUAUGGCGGAGGCAAGAAAGCCACAACGGCGACGCAGGUGAGCAUGGAGCAGGCUUUCGAGGAACUUCGUCAGGCAUCCAAACUCCGCGUGCGUUGGCCGGGUGCGCCGGCCGACGACAAGUUCAUUCGUUCGCACAACUCCCUCUCGGCCGUCUCGUCCCGCGAAUCGUACGACGAGCUUGCGACCAUCACCAUUCCCACGAGCGCCCUCCCUCCCAGCCUCCUCGCAACCAUCCCGCCUUUCAACCCCUCCGACUUCGACAUUGGCGCAGCGCUCCUCACCGCCGAAGCCGCCGCGAGCCGCAGCGCUCGAGAUCCAGCAGACCUCCCGCCUGUCUUCGCCCAUCCAGCCCGCUUGAAGCAGGAAGGGAACUUGGCCGUCUACCGCGCGACAUACGAAGGUGUCGAGCUGGUUCUCAAGACGCACAACGUUGAGGAUGCGCUCGAGCGCGAGGCGUGCAUGUAUGAGCGGCUGGAGGAGGCGAUGGGCGAGGAGGGCGUUCUCGGCUCGGAGCGGAUCACGCCGAUCGUGGUUGGUCGCUUCUACUCGACGACGGAUGCGCAGGACAUGAUCGUGAUGGAGUAUGGCGGCGAGGUCAUGUCGAGGUGGAUUGAGAAGUGGACGCUCGAGCAGAGGCAACAAGCUCUCCGUCUCCUCGAACGCCUCCACCGUGCCGGCCUGUCGCACAACAACGUCCACGGACAGAACUUUGUCCUUUCGCCGGACGGGACGGUCCGCCUCAUCGACCUCGAGCAUGCCCAGAUUCACACCUGCGGCGGCGAGUGCGGCGAGCUCGAGUGGUUCAGGAAGAUGUGUCGAGAUUCCGUCAAGAGUCAGUCGUAG